CGUAGAACAUACGAGGCUUCUAAAAGAAAGCGAGAAAAUUUCCUAUAUACAGAGAAUCGCACAAACCGACACACAUAGACGCUGAUAUAUAUAUAUAUAUAUAUAUAUAUAUACAUACGAGUGUACAUAUAUAUAUAUAUAUAUUUAUACAUAUACAUACAUAUAUAUACAAAUAUACAAAGGCUAAGAGAAGAAUUGAAUUCUGUUAUUUUUCAAAAUGAAUUUGCGAAUGUUGGUAUUUGUUACCUUUCUGUCUUUAGUUACGGUUUUGCACUCCAUGAUGCUUAGCACUGGACAAAAGGAUCUUGUGGAAUACCUCGUACAGUAUAGAUACCUGCAGCCUAACGCCACAGAUGCACAAUUACAAAGAGCAAUAAGAUUCUUUCAACAAAAAUUCAAUUUGACAGUAACUGGCAUAUUCACACAAGAAACACGAAAUUUUAUGAACAAAAGUCGAUGUGGAUUUCCAGAUAUCCUCCCUGAGGAAUAUUCGUUAUAUGAUAUAAAGUGGGAUAAAAAAGACCUGACCUUCAAAAUUGAGAGCUUUACCAAUCAACUCACACAAGACCAACAAAGAACGGAGUUCAAAAGAGCAUUUGACGAGUGGGAGAGGCAAACACAAUUGACUUUUACAGAAGUAAGUGGGACAACAGAAGCUAAUUUUAAAAUAAAUUUUUACAAAAAGGCCCAUAAUGAUGGAAGCGAUUUCGAUGGACCAAGUGGCGUUUUGGCACAUGCUUUUUACCCGAGGACCGGUGACAUUCACUUCGAUGACGAUGAAGAUUGGGGAGUCAAUGUCUCUUCUAAAACGGACUUGUACGGAGUGAUGCUACACGAGAUCGGACAUGCGCUUGGUAUCGAACACAGCGACGACUCGUCGGCGGUGAUGUACCCAAUGUACCGAGGCUACGUGAAAGACCUGAAGCUGCACCAAGAUGAUAUAGCUGGGAUACAAGAAUUAUAUGGUAAGUAUCAGUCUUAA